AUGUUGAUGGCCUCCCUGGUAUUGACCAUGACCGUGGUCAAUGCUGGUAACCUACCAAAGUCCUUUUAUGACUUCAUCGUAGUCGGUUCCGGUCCAGCUGGAAGCAUCGUCUCAUACAGGUUGGCUGAAGAGGGCUACUCUGUAUUGGUCCUGGAAGCUGGAAAGCAAUCAAUGGGUAAGCUUGGUGGUGAAGAUAUUGUUGGUACAAAGGGUGUGAUGUCACCUACUGGAGAGUACUUGGCAAAGGAGCGUGUGACAAUCUAUGAUGUACCAUCAAAGUGGCAAGCUGCAUCAAUCAGUGGCGCAAAGUGGGGCUACAAGGGCACCGGAAUCGCUCAGAUCGUCGGAGGCUGCACCAACCACAAUGGCAUGGUCUUCCAACCGGGCACUUGCGCAGACUACAACAGCUGGGGCGUGCCAGGCUGGAACUGCAGUGUGAUCACCAACGCCAUCAAGAAGCUGUCCACCAUCCAGACGCCAGCACUUGUCAACAGCACUAUCCACGGCCACUCGGGUCCGAUCAAGAUCAACUCGUUGCCAUUCGAUCGUGAGGGAAUGGACUUUAUCGCCUCGUGUAAUGCCAGUGGCCUGCCCUUCAACGACGACUUCCAGAAGGAGCCAAGGGAUGGCUGCGGCUAUUUCAACUUCAACGUCGAUAAGAACACCGGACUGCGUUCGUCGCCCGCCCACGAGUACUUGAUCAAGGCCAUCAAUGAUUAUAGCACCGACCUUGUUGCCGAGGCCACCGUUCAGCGUAUCAAGUGGAGAUUUGACCUGUUCUCGAAUAAGUACAUGGCCACUGGCGUCGAGUACGUGCUAAAGUCCAAUCCUUCGCGCGUCUACACGGUAAAUGCUCGCAAGGAGGUGAUCUUGGCCGCCGGCGCGCUCAACACACCCAAGAUCCUGAUGCAGUCUGGCGUGGGCAAUGAGACCUACUUGAACCAGUUCAAGCCACACAUCCCCAACGUCGUGUCAGACUUGCCGGGCGUGGGCCGCAACCUAAAGAACCACUUCCUCUUCUUUGGCCUGUUCAAGUAUGAUGGUCCCGAGACGCGUCCAUCCCUCUACGAGCAGUUCUCGCUGGACAUCCAGUACCAGACCACGGGCGCCGGCUUCCACGGCACACCCGGCUACUCGACCGGCGUGUGGUUGCGCUCCAACCGUAGCGACCCACUCUCUGUGGAGAAUGUGAUGAUCGUGCAGCCAGGCGCCAUCGGCUCAAUCACACCAUUCAAGUCAGUCAUGCUGGGUGUGUCGAUCUCCAAGCCCAAGCCAGGCGUGCACUUCAUCGCUCUGAGCACCAACAAGAGCGGUGACUGUUACGAGUUCUUUGCGCGCCAUCCAGAGGUCAACUUCACGUUGUUCCAGAAUCCAGAGGACGCCAACACCUUGCUGAGAGGCUGGAAGGAGGCCAAUCGCAUCAUGUCCUUCCCACCAAUGAGCUCGCUGAUGACCAACAUCGUGCCAGGCAAUGCCAACAAUGAUACUGAGAUGCUGGCCUACAUCAAGUCGAGUGCCGUGCCUCACGACCAUUGGUGCUGCACCGCCAAGAUGGGACCAGCCACCGAUCCAAUGGCCGUGGUCGAUCCUCAACUGAGAGUUAUUGGAGUCAAGAGUUUGAGAGUGGUAGAUGCCUCUGUUAUCGUGGAUCUGCCUCACUCUUUGAUGCAGGCAACAGUGAUGGCUGUGGCUGAGGUCGCUGCCGGUCACAUCAUUGCUGCAUGGUCAUAA